UCAUGACUAACAAGACCCCAAGUUCAUAUAUAAUGGGUUGCUUGAAUUUAUGCAAAAAGGAUACUACAACUGUUAUGGAGGGAAGGACGAAGGAGGUUGAGGAUUACACAUUAGAUGGAUCCACUGAUUGGCAAGGGCAUCCUGCACGCCGAGGAAGAACGGGAACUUGGGUGUCCGGAAAUUUAAUCCUAGUGAAUCAAGGGCUGGCAACUUUGGCAUUUUUUGGAGUAGCAGUGAACUUGGUGCUGUUUCUGACGAGGGUUAUGGGACAAGACAACGCCGACGCAGCCAACAACGUAAGCAAGUGGACUGGAACUGUCUAUAUGUUUUCCCUUGUCGGAGCCUUCCUCAGCGAUUCCUACUGGGGAAGAUAUAGGACUUGUGCUGUCUUCCAAGCCAUCCUUGUUCUUGGUCUUGGCCUGUUAUCUCUCACAUCCUACAAGUUUUUACUAAGUCCUAGUGGUUGUGGAGACGAACAACUCAGUUGUGGAUCCCAUUCAUCUUUCCAUGAAGCUUUGUUCUACCUCGCAGUAUACCUUGUAGCCCUAGGAUAUGGAGGAUACCAACCCAACAUUGCUACGUUUGGUGCAGAUCAGUUUGAUGAAGGAGACCCAAAAGAAGGACGCUCAAAGAUAGCAUUCUUCAGCUAUUUCUAUUUGGCUCUCAACCUUGGAUCUCUCUUCUCCAACACAGUGUUGGGUUAUUAUGAGAAUGAGGCUUUGUGGACCCUAGGGUUUUGGGCUUCGGCAGGAUCUGCUACUCUUGCCUUGAUCAUGUUCCUUUGUGGCACUACGAGGUACAGGUACUUUAAACCUGGAGGGAAUCCUUUUCCUAGAUUUUGCCAAGUUUUUGUAGCUGCAAUGAGAAAAUGGAAGGUCAACGUCGGGUCUGAUGAGGACAACAAGCUUUUUGAAGUCGAAGAAUAUUCCAAGGGAGGGAGAAAGAUACUCCACACUGAAGGAUUUAGAUUCUUGGAUAAAGCAGCGUUCAAAACAUCAGAAGAGUUGAACAAGGCGGAAGAAAAUAGCUUCAAUGCAUGGCAUCUUUGCCCAGUGACCCAAGUGGAAGAAGUGAAAUGCAUACUAAGACUAAUCCCAAUCUGGCUAUGCACUAUAAUAUACUCUGUUAAUUUCACUCAAAUGGCAUCAACUUUUGUAGAACAAGGUGCAGCAAUGAACGCUAGAAUAUCAUCAUUUAAAAUUCCUCCGGCAAGCAUGUCAUGCUUCGAUAUCCUCAGUGUCGCUGCCUUCAUCUUCAUUUACCGGCGAGUUCUUAACCCUUUAGUCGCCCGAAGGAACAAGAACAAAGGACUCACUGAGCUGCAAAGGAUGGGAAUAGGACUAAUCAUAGCAAUGAUGGCCAUGGUUUCAGCAGGAGUGGUAGAGCAUUUUAGGUUAAAGAAUGCUAUAAAUGAAACAUCAAGUUCGUUAAGCAUCUUUUGGCAGACGCCACAGUACAUACUUAUAGGAGCUUCAGAGGUAUUUAUGUAUGUUGGUCAAUUAGAGUUCUUCAAUGGGCAAGCACCAGAUGGACUAAAAAGUUUUGGAAGUGCCCUUUGCAUGACUUCAAUGUCACUAGGAAACUAUGUAAGUAGUUUGAUUGUUGCCAUUGUUAUGAAGAUUUCUCAGAGAGGUGAGAGCUUAGGAUGGAUCCCAUCAAAUCUUAACAAGGGACACUUGGACAAGUUUUAUUACCUUUUGGCAGCAUUGACAGCAAUAGAUUUUGCAGCUUACAUUGCUUGUGCUAAGUUGUAUAGGCCUGUCAAAUUUGAAGAGAGUGAUGAAGACAAUAGCAACAUGAUCAGCCUAGAGAUGAGGGUUUAGGGAUUUUUGGAUCUCAUGAACCUAGCUAUACAUUAUUGAGAUUUGGAUCCUUCAAAGCUAGAAUUUGGUCAAGUGCUGGAAAGUGAUAAGAAAAAAAAUAAGGAAUAUAUGAACAUGAAGGAAGUGUAUGUGUGUGGGAAUUCACUAUAUUUAUGUGACACACUUC